CUAUUGGUUUUUGGUUCAGUUGUGUCGUGUGGUGGAAGUUGAAGGUGUCUUGCGGUCUUGGUCUUGCUUCGCUCUUUGCGGGGUUGUGUUUGUUUUGUAGUUUGUACCCGAAGUUAUAAAUAAUAGUAUUACUUCCAUUAAAUGUUAAUGUAAACAAUACUAUAGCUAAUAGCUGCAUGUUGCCACGAUGGACACUACUAAAACAAAUAUAGAAAAUGCUUGCGUCAUCGUAUUGGGCGAUAUUGGUAGGAGCCCGCGAAUGCAAUAUCAUGUUAAAAGCCUCUCUGAGACCCGAUUCUUUGUUGAUUUGAUUGGCUAUGUAGAGACACAACCACUGCUUGAUAUAACAAAUAACUCUAAUGUGAGAAUUCACCCACUAAUUCCGUUCCCGGACUUGAAUCUUCCCACCAUGGUGAAAUAUGUUUUUAAAACAAUGUGGCAAGCGCUAACUUUGCUGAUUGCGCUUAUCAGCGUUGGAAGACCUAAAUUCAUACUAUGCCAAAAUCCUCCGGCGAUUCCAACAGUAAUUGUUUGUCAGGUAUACUGCUUUUUUGCGAGAUCCACGAAACUAAUUAUUGACUGGCACAACUAUACGCAUACUAUUUUGGCGAUAAAUUCUAAUAAAAAUAGUCAAAUUGUUAAGAUGGCAAGGCUAAUUGAGUCUCAUUUCGGUCGAAAAGCGCAUGUCAAUUUGUGUGUGACGAGGGCGAUGCAAAAGAACCUAGACGAAAUUUUCAACAUAAGAUCAACGGUCUUGUAUGACCGGCCACCAAACCAAUUUCAACCUACUUGUAUCGAAGAAAAACAUGAGCUAUUCAUGAAGCUAUCGAAAACGAUUCCGUUGUUUAAGGGAAGUGAAUCUGAUCGAAAGGAAACUGAAGAGUUUCUUGAGUCAUCAGCAUUUACCAUAAAGUAUAUUGAUGGACAGGUUAAAUUCAAACCUGGUCGAUCGGGAAUCUUGAUAUCUAGCACUAGCUGGACUCCUGACGAGGAUUUUAGCAUUUUGCUUACCGCACUAGAACUGUACGAAAAGGUGGCGACUAGUGAUGUUUUGCAUUAUCCGCACUUGGUCUGUAUUAUAACAGGCAAGGGACCAUUAAAGGAAUACUACAUAUCAAUAAUAAACAGCAAAGUGUGGAAAAAAGUAAGUAUCAUCACACCGUGGCUAGAAAAUGAUGAUUAUCCUAAGUUACUAAGCACUGGUGAUUUGGGGGUGUGUCUGCACUACAGCUCUAGUGGCUUAGAUCUGCCCAUGAAGAUAGUCGAUAUGUUUGGUUCUGGACUACCCGUGUGCGCAAUCAAGUUUCAGUGCCUCGAGGAGCUAGUGCGUCAUGGAGAAAAUGGUUUUGUUUUUGAUAAUGCUGCGGAGCUUUCUGAAUUAAUCUGUACGUGGUUUCGAAACUUUCCUAACAAUUUCGCCAUAAUCAAUCACAAGGAAGUGAUCAAUCAAAAUCUCACAAAAUUUCAGCAGCUCCGUUGGGACGAAAAUUGGAAAAAAAAUGUACAAAAUAUAUUAGACAGGUUAUAGAUAUUUAGUAUGCAAAACGAUAAAUUUUUACGUAAAGAUAACAUUAGCUAAGUGUUUUUCAUAACUAAUUCUUGUUUUUAUUAGGCUCAGAAGUGCAAGCUCAGCGGCGCCCCGUUCCCUUGAUUUUUUUCUGCAGAAUGAAUAUGCUGGAACCUGGACCUGGACAGUGAACACUGUCUAAUAUUUUGUCAUUGUUAGCAGCUAGGACAGGACGUGCCAAGUGUACUACCGCGGCGUUGACUUAAAAUUGACCCAAUUUCUGAUUGGCUGAAAGCGACGAGCAACCGUUGACUGGAAAAUAUAACGCGGUAUCGCUUUCAGUGUUGCUGAAACUCAUUAGUGGGAUUAGAGUGGCGAUAAUGUCAAAAUUGGAAUGAUAAUUAUCUGUCAGUCUCAUUCCAAUCGAGCAGACGACCAAUCCAACGCAUACGUAGGAAAGAGAAAGAAAAUAAGCAUUGCUAGAGUAUUGCAUACUUUUGGGAUGACAUGUCGCCACUCUGUAUAUAGUCAUUCU